AUGUGGAAGAUUAAAAAAAUUUUUCAGGGUCCUCCACCUCCCCCUUCCCCUCUUUUGGAGGCACCACUCAGGAAGAUACAGUGGGAUCAGAGAGAGAGAGACCUGCAGUUUGUGAGAGAGUAUAAACCUUGCAGAGAUGCUCGGCAUCUCAGAAUUAUGCUUCAUGGACCACCAGGUGCUGGAAAGUCCAGCUUCAUCAACUCUGUCGACAGUGCUUUAAGAGGCCAAAUCGCAGCUCGCGCUCUGGCAGCGACCAACUUUUGGGACAGUUUCACCACUGAGUACAGAACAUAUAAAAUUCAGAAAGGAGAGCCAGGAGCUUUUUACCAUUUUGUCUUCACUGACACCAUGGGCCUUGAGAAAGGUGCUAACAGUGGAAUUCAAGUGGAAGACAUCAAACUUGCCUUUAGUGGACAUGUAACAGAAGGUUACAGGUUCAAUCCCAAAUCUCCCUUACCUGACACUGAUCCUAACUACAACAGUUCCCCCACUAUAAAUGACAAGACCCACGUUCUGGUUUUCGUUAUUCCUGCCACCACAUCGAACUUAAUCGAUGAAGAAAUUGUGAUGAAGAUGAACGAUGUCAGAUUAGCAGCUCGUGACAAAAGGAUCCCACAGAUAGCUGUGAUCACUAAAAUUGAUGAAGCCUGUUCUGAAGUCACCAAAGACAUAAAGAACGCCUACAAGAGCAAGUACCUGAUUGAGCAGAUGGAAAAAGUGAGCUCGAUCCUGGGUCUUCCAAUGAACUGCAUCUUUCUCGUGAAGAACUACCACACAGAAAUUGAGACGGAUGACGACACGGAUUCACUGAUGCUGAGUGCACUGAGAAAGAUCAUCGACUAUGGAGAGGACUACCUGAAUGACUUAGAACCAACUGAGGUGCACAGAGAAUGAUGAUGUAACCAGCUACAGUUACUCUUCAGGUGUCUGCUUUGCCAUAGUUACAAUCACAAUCACAACUAAAUAUUCGUUUCAU